GUAAAAAUGACGGAAAAGAAACAGCAGGCCAUUUUUUACCAGGACUUAGUGGCAUCAAUCGAAGCUCAUCUUCAUUUAAGGAGAUUGAUCGAUGAACUGGAAUCAUUUUUAUCAAAUCUUUUUCUAUUGCAAUUUGCCACCAGUGGUCUCUGUAUUUGCGGUUCAAUUUAUUGCUUGGCAUUCGAUAUCAGUGACAAUUUUGUGGAACGCAUCGUUCACGUCUAUACGCUCUUUUACAACAUUGCUGAAUUGUUUAUGAUAACGUACUUCGGGAAUGAGAUUUUGAUAUCUAGCAGACGCCUUUCAUACAGUUUGUUUGAAUCGGAAUGGAUCGGGCAAGCACAUUCGACCAAGAAAUGCAUAAUCAUUUUUGGUGAAUAUUUGAAGCAAUCGCAUAAGUUGUUGAUCGGUAAAUUGUAUCCGUUGACUUUGGAAACAUUCACUAGGAUUUUGAAAUCGUCUUACAGCUUGUUAAACAUUUUAACAAAUUUCAAAGAAUAA